AUGGCGCCCAAAGCGGGCGGAGUAAAGAAACUGGAAGGACCCACCGGAAGAAAUGCCCGCAGAGCAAGUGCAAAGAAGACGAACUCUACGACAAUGGAGGACGUCGAGCCAGCAAUUCAUCCAUCACAGUCUAGCAGUGAUGACGGACUUAUGGCAACAAUAGCUCAGCAAAUGCAAGCGUCUAUGGAGAAAAAGAAGAAAGAAAGAGAAGCCAAAUUGCUUCAGAUGGCCCAGACUGAGCUUAGUAAAGUCUUUGCAGAGAAGGCACACGACUUUGCGGACGGCGUAAAAGAUAUAGAAAAGAUCUAUACCAAUUUUAAAGACACUUACGCUACCAACGAGGACCAUAUACGAAGACUUUGGGAAGCAAUCUUGAAUGAACAGGCGAAAUUUCAGAGUUUCAUAGAGGAAAAGCAGGAAUUGACUUCGGAGCGCGAAAGGCAUCGUGAAACGGAACACAUUCAAGCUCUAGCGCAUUGUCGAAAGGCGUGUGAAGAGUCUCAGCGUCUCGUACAAUCCCUCGGUUCAAGCUAGUGGCCCACUUCGUCUUAUUCUGACGACAACCACGAAAGGAGAACUGCCUUCCAAGUCGUUGAUAUUUUCUCGCUCUAUAUCUGCCGUUCUUGUUGACUGUAGCUUUGUCUUUCUUCUUUUAAUCUUCAUUGCUUGCCGAUCAA